UGCCAUCUAUACCUCGUCGACAAUCCCACUUCUGCUGUGCCGUCAAAUUCCCCUAUCUUUCCUCAUUCCAACAACCAUUUCCUCAUAUCGAGCAUAUGAUUGUCCUAUAACCAUCUGUCCACCGAGCAACCGAUCACCACACCCAAUGACCUCAACAACCACCAACGCAUACACCCUCCGCCAUCACCGCCCCGGCGACAUGGGCUGGAUCGUCCACCGGCACGGCGCGCUCUACGCCCAAGAAUACGGCUGGAACGAGCGCUUCGAGGCCCUCGUCGCCAGCGUCACCGUCGACUUCAUCAAGAACUACGACCCCGCCCGCGAACGUUGUUGGAUUGCCGAACGAGACGACCAAUUCCUCGGCUGCGUCAUGCUGGUCAACGACCGAAACUCCGGUGACAAUGCCGCCAAGCUCCGCUUACUGCUGGUAGAACCGAGCGCACGGGGUCUGGGCCUCGGACGAGCCUUAAUCCAGCAAUGCACGGCGUUUGCGCGCGAAGCCGGGUACGCGCGCAUUCGGCUGUGGACGAAUAGUGUUCUUGUGUCGGCGCGGCGGCUGUAUGAGAAGGAGGGGUAUCGGCUCGUCUCGACGGAGGAAGAUGAGAAGUUGGGCUUCAGGUCGACGGGGGAGUUCUGGGAGUUGCUGCUCUAAGUCUUAUGGUGGGAUAGAUUGCGUUGGCAUUGCAGCAUAUACUUCUUCUUCAUCUACUUUUAGC